AUGGCCGACUCAGGGACCCACGCGGGACCGAACCCGCAGUUACCAGAACCGGGACAGGGUGGGAGCACGCGCGGCUGUAGCGGGCGGCUAGCUCCCGGGCCAAGAUAUGGUAGUUCCAAGACUGAAACAGUUGCAAAAACCAGGUGUAAGGUCUCUGUUAGCAAUGAAAAGACAGUGGAGGGUUUGUUCACCCGGCGAGCUGCAAACGCCUGCUCCCGCCUUCUCGCCGCCGUCUCCACGGUUGCCCGCGUGAGGGCGCUGUGGCGCCGGCCAGCCGUGGCCGCCGAGCAGCGGACGGGGGCGGGGACCGAGGCCGCCGACGUCGACGCCGGCCGUCCCCGCCCCCGGCGCGGUCGCGCGGCGAGACGCGGCGUGGUUCGGGCGGGCGUCUCCGGGGUUGGCCUGCGGUGGCGGCGUCGCGGUGUCACCGCCCGGCCCCCACCUGAGCCCGCCUCGGUGGGACCCGGGGCCUGUCGGUCCGCGGCCUUGGGCGGGCAGAGCCGGCGCGGGGCUGCGGGGAGGUGUCACCUGGGCGCGGAUGCCCGGCGCCUUUGUUGGAGGCUUCCCGGCACCCCGUCGCCCCGCCAGCCCGGUGGGUCCCCUUUAGGAUGGAGGCGACGCCGAGGCCCGCUGAUGUGCAGAGUGCUUGGCUAUGAAGUACUGCCCCUCCCUGCAGCCUUUGUGAUGUUGCAGUUGUCAGUUGUUCAGAGCUGCAAGCAUCUGAAGGGUUAAUUUAGGUUGGUAGAUCUAUUUGUAAGGGACUUUACUUACUGGACUAAGAAGGGUUGGUUGGUUUGUUUUUACUUUUGUGUUGAGAAGGCCCCUCCCCAAGUGAGUCUCUAAGCAGUGCUUCUCAGCCUUCCCACUGCUGCUACCUACGCCUCAGUACAGCCCUCAUGCUGUGGUGACCCUCAACGAUAAAAAGCUGUUUUUAUUGCAUAAAGACAUAGGGACUAUGGAAUAAAAUGGAAUAUCAUAAUAUAAAUCUGAUUAUAUAAAUACGUAGAUAUUGUUUCAUGAAAAUGCCUGGACCAUCUAGCAUGUAAAGGACAAUCUCUUCAACAAAUUGUUUUAGAAAAACUAUAUUAAUACCUUGCAGAAAAAUGAAAUUUGAUCUUUAUAUGCUCCAAAAUUAAUUAAAGACCUAAAUGUAAGAUAUCAAACAAUAAAAACUCAUCUUAGAAAA